AUGUUUGGCUGGGGAUCUGGGCUGGCCUUGCCCUCCGCCACUUCAGAGCCGGAAAAAGAGCGAAGACCACCAGCAGACCCGACACCCCUCGAUUUCCCUGCGUAUAACCUCCCGGAGAUCAUUAGCGAUGAAUCUCAGUCCAGACUCACGGAGAUGUCCAACCUUUUGGCGGACAUCAAGCGCCCACAAGACAUCUGCCACGAGCGCUUUGCGCCAUUCAACGUCCAAUUGGAAACAGACGUGUCAGUCGCCGACAUGAUCCCCGAAGACCUUUCGCACCCGAUCGCGCCCUUGCCCUGGGAGGACACCACCGAUUCGACGGAAGACAGCCCCCGACCGCUGAUGGGCAACGGAGCCCCGUAUCCCGCCAAGGAACGAUAUGAAGUAUUGGAGAAAGAGCUGGCGCUGGACAACGACGAUGCUUUCCGUGAGGUCGCGCGAUUGCCUCCGCGAGAGGGCCGAAGCCGAGUUCGUAUCACGCAGUCGAGGAAGUUUUGGACCGGAUUAGAGCGCAUGGCCCAAUACUGGGAUACCAGUUUGGACAAUUACUUUGAGCGUCCGGCCACCCCCAAGCCUACACCUCCGUCCGAGACGGAGCACGACGACGACGAUGAAAUGCAGAUGGAUGGCGUGGAGCCCAAGCGCGGAUACGCCCUGACGGACAACGCAAUGGAUCUAGACGGAGCAAAGACACCCGUGCCUACGAGCAACGACACAGUGGACGAGAAACAGGGACCGACCGUCACCAUGUACACGGGGCGUCGAAUCGGCAACGGGGCCGAGAUGCCCGAUGAAAUUCGUGACGAGACCAUUCGAUCUUUCGUGGAGAUGGCAGCAUGGCCGUUCGGAUGCCAGGUCACUGUUCCCACGCUCCCACCCCGAUUGACCACCAAGAACCUUCUCUUCCCUGUCCGACAAACGUUCCAAUCUUCACGGUCUCCGCGAGACCGCCAGGUUGCCCGGAGCGGCAUGCUUGAAGGGCCGGUUCUCAUCUCGCAAUGCCGGUCAGAGACGUCCUUCCGCAACGCGGGCGAGGCCCCCGGGACUGGAAUCGGCGAGGUAAGCGAUCUGUUCCGCGAGGUGGGUGGCAUGCUUCUCGCCGCACAAGAGCGUGCCCGCGAAGGCGCAGUCGAGCAGCGACCCGGCGAGGGCAAGUGGUGGACCAUGUCGCCUCGCUUCGGAGGCGCACCCAACGACGGGAUCCUGGAUGAUCUCGUCAGCAACGGACACGGGAUGUCCCUUCCGGAUUCAAUGAUGGAAGAAAUGAAGGCAGCUGCCCCGGAGGCGGCGAACGCUUCCAAGCGCAAGUUCGAGCAUCCGUUUGUUGCCUCCCUAUCGCGGAGGCCCAGUGCGAUGCGAAGAUUGACUAGCAGCGAGAAGUGGAAGAUCCUGCAGCCUGGGCCUAGUCUCUGGGAUAAGCGGAUGAGCUACAUGCAGCUAGGCAAGGUCCAAGAGAGUCCCUUUGACGAUAUUUACAUGAUCUCAUCUAUCAACCAUCACAUCUCAAUUCUCCACCUCCGAGUACACAGGCGAUACCUUGAUAUCCUCACCUUCGGCGACAGUACCGUCCCACCAACUGACGGCCAGCCGUGGCAUGUGCUGAAGUUGCAGAGGACCCGGUGGUUCGACCUGCUCGACGUCAACGAUCGCAAAGAAGCGCUGCAGGGUGUGUGGCGACUAUUCCAUCACCAGCUGAGACCGACCCGACCUGAUGGCGAGGUCCCGACUCCGAUAGAAUUACCCAUAGAACAUCCAUUAUAG